UUGACAGGCGGUAACGCAAAUGGAUGUUCAGGAGGAUCGUCAGGAGGUGGAGGAGGUGGUUAUUAUGGUGGUGGUGGUGGUGUAGACGUCAGCGGCGGCGGUGGGGGAAGUAGUUUCGCAAGAAAUGAUUUAGAAUCUGUCAUAUUCUAUAACGGAAGCGAAAUUUUCAAAUCUCCUUCCGGCACUCUCGAGAAAGGCCGUACUGGCCAUGGCCUUAUAAUCAUCCAACGCCUCUUUGCUUGUUCUGCCAUAAAAUCAUACUUCAAUAUUAACUUUUCUCCAUUUUUACUAUUCGUAUUGUUUGAUAUGAAAUAA